CAAAUCUGAAAGCGACCCGUUCACAUCGACGGAGAUCUGCUGUAUUCGUACUUAAUAAAGCGUCUAUGAGAACCGGUUUCCUAUGUACAGAAGUGUUUGAAAUUAAAUGUUCCAACACGAAAUGUUAUUUCUCUGGAGUUCAACAGGAGUCAAGGUUCCAGAACUCUUUGUCAACACCGUUUUAAUCCAAAUUCAAAAAUUACUCUGAACAAUUACGCUGCGCCCAGUUCGAGAAUUUAACAAACGGAAACGAACAAUUUCUUCCUCAGGCAGUAAUUUUCAUUACAAAAGUUUAGUAACGGAGUCAGAUUCAAACUCCAGAUCAGAAAAUCGUAGCGAAAUUUUUCAUCGUAUUUACUCACAGUUCAAGGAUGGCGCCCCACAAUAGAGGACGCCAGAUGACGUGGUUCCUACUGUUCGGUUACCUAGCGACCAGCCUCGCUUAUUACCAAGAGUCGUGUGCUGGAAAAACGCUGCUUCGAAGCGGUGGGCUGAGUUGUGCGGACCGUCAGCUGAUCUUGGAUGCGCACAACAAGGCGCGGCAGACAGUGGCUCUUGGGAGGGCGCCAGGACAGCCUGCCGCAUCCAACAUGUUAGAGAUGGUCUGGGACGAGGAGCUGGCAUCAGCGGCCCAGCGUUGGGCAGACAAAUGCAGCCUCACGCACGACGGCGCACGGGAUGUUUCCAGAUUCCCUGUGGGGCAGAACAUUGCUGUCACCUGGACGACGCGGACAAACGCCGGUGCCUCCCCGGAUUUCCCACGCCAGGUCAUGGGUUGGUUCAACGAGGUCAGACACUACGGCUUCAAUUCCGCGGGGCUCGCAAAAGGCACAGGACACUAUUCCCAGUUGGUGUGGGGUGACACGUACCUCGUGGGGUGUGGAUACUCUCAUUACUACGAUCCUGCCCGUGGAUACACGAAACUCUACGUCUGCAACUACGGCCCUGGAGGCAACGUUAUUGGAGCACAACCUUAUCUCGCUGGAAACCCUUCAUGUUCGACGCGGGGCGUAGCACCGUCACGUCGAUAUCAAGGCCUAUGUGGUAAGUACUGUCCACAGAUGACGAGAAAAUCCCUG